CUGGGAGGAGCAGAGCUGAGAGCCAGUGAGCACUGAUCAUGGCCACUGCAGAGCUGAUCUGCCAGGUGUCCGAGGAGGACCGUGAGCGGCGAGAAGCCUUCUGGGCUGAAUGGAAGGACCUGACGCUGUCUACGCGGCCUGAGGAGGGUUGCUCUCUGCAUGAGGAGGACACCGAGCGGCAUGAGACCUACCACCGGCAGGGCCAGUGCCGGGCGCUGGUGCAGCGCUCUCCCUGGUUGGUGAUGCGGAUGGGCCUCCUCGGCCAUGGGCUGCAGGAGUAUCUGCUGCCCUACCAGCGCGUGCUGCCACUGCCCAUCUUCACCCCCGCCAAGAUGGGUGCCGCCAAGGAGGAGCGCGAGGACACCCCCACCCAGCUGCGGGAGCUGCUGGCACUGGAGACAGCCCUGGGUGGCCAGUGUGUGGAGCGCCAGGACGUGGCCGAGAUCACCAAGCAGCUGCCCCCUGUGGUGCCUGUCAGCAAGCCCGGCGCCCUGCGUCGCUCCCUGUCCCGCUCCAUGUCCCAGGAAGCACAGAGAGGCUGAGACAGAUGGUGACUCGGGCUCUAAUGUGCCUGCUGUGGGCUGGGCCCUUCCUGGCUAGUACCAUGGAGGGGAGCUGCUGGCCAUGGACGCUUUGUAGUUUGCCCAGAGUUGGGGGCUAGGGGAGGAGGGAGCCAGAGGCCAGGAUGCCUGGGUCCCCUGAGUUCCCAAAGGGAGGGGAGCAAAGACAGUGGGCACAAAGGCUGGAGAGCUGGGGGCUGGCACAGCCAAACAUCCCCAGCCCCAGGAAAAAGGACAAAAGAUGCUGGUGAGGACAGAGGUCCCUGAGGGGAGUGACCCUGGUCCAGGCUCCAGCUUCAGAGAAGGACGAGGAAAAGGGGAUCUGGAAUGCUCUAGGAAGGAGGCUUGGAGGAGACUGGAGUGAGAGGGAUGUGAGGAAGGCAGAGGCCGAGUGGAGCCCCCAGCAUCCUCUGUUAGCGCUGCAAUAAAUGCUCAGUUGUGUUCCAGA